AGCAGCGCCUCCACCAGCAAUUUACGUUCUUGCUUGGAUCAUAGCGGCUGGCGAUCAGAGCACCGGAGAUUCCCGCCAUCCGGCAUCGAGGUUGACCCAUCUUUUCGAAAGGUUGGGGGUCCUUCUGAAGGGAUUCAGAGCGGAAGCUGGUUCGGAUACAGCAGAGGUAGGAGGAGGAGGCUCAGGGUUUCCAAGGCAGAGAUCAGUGUGGCAAAAGAUGGCGGUUUCCAAUGGAAAUGCAACCUUCCUCCUGCUGUUGUCUGCUUGCUGCCUCACCACCCUUGCGUGUGACCCUAAUGGCGCCAAGUUUGGGUACAUCGGCUCGAUCGGUCCUGACCACUGGGGCAGCUUGAGCCCCAACUUCACGCGCUGCGCGAAAGGGACGAACCAGUCCCCAAUCGACAUCGCCACCAACGAAGCAGUUUACAACCCAAACAUGGAGCCCCUCCACAGGAACUACACGACUGCAAACGCCACACUCGUCGACAACAUCUACAACGUCGCGCUGCGCUUCGAAGACGGUGCUGGGAGUGUCAACGUUGACGGCAAGCAGUACAAGCUGAAGCAGAUGCAUUGGCACUCGCCUUCGGAGCACACCAUCAACGGCCAAAGGUUCCCCGUGGAGCUCCACAUGGUUCACGCCAGUGAGGAUGGCAACAUCACUGUUGUGGCCAUGCUCUAUCGAUUUGGCAGGCCAGACCCUUUUCUUUGGCAGAUACAGGAUAAGCUAGCAGCGCUAUAUGCAGAGGGCUGCAACGCAGAGAGAGGCGCUCCGGUCCCCGCCGGAGUGGUGAGUAUCUGGUCGCUGAGGCGGCACGCGUACAUGUACUACAGGUACGUCGGGUCGUUCACCACGCCGCCGUGCACCGAGAACGUCGUCUGGAACGUCCUUGCCCAGGUGAGAGAGAUGACGCUCGAUCAGGCCGCUGCCCUGACGGCACCCCUGGAGGAAGCUUACAGGCACAACAACAGGCCGACGCAGCCGAUGAACGGGCGCACCGUCCAGCUCUACCACAGGUUCUGGAAGAAGAACAAGGAGUCGCCGUAGAGGUCCGCGGCCUGGUCGUCGGAGAUGGCGUGCCGGUCCUGGGUCCCUCGUUAGAUGUUUCUCUUCAGCAAAGUUGCUGUUUCUGCACCUGUGUUACCGUCUAGGUUGGUUCUCGGAGUCACCGGCAAUGUGCCCGGUUUUGGUACUCUAUUGGUCAUUAGGUGUAAGGGUCUAGGUUAGUAGAUGUAAGGAUUUGGGUUUCUGCACAAGUUGAUCCUCCUCAUGUGUACAAGGGAUGUGAAUCAAUCAGCCAGUUUCACUUUAACAA